AUGGGGGGAAGAGCUGGCCUCCCCUCCCCAUCCCCCCAAGACGCUCACUCUGUCUGCGCUGCUAGCUGGAGGAGCAGGUUCCUGCUGGUCUUCUCCUGCCUCGUGCUGUCUGUGUUCUCCACCAUCAAAGAAUAUGAGAAGAGCUCGGAGGGCGCGCUGUACAUCCUGGAAAUCGUGACCAUCGUGGUGUUCGGCGUGGAGUACUUUGUGCGGAUAUGGGCCGCGGGCUGCUGUUGCCGGUACCGCGGCUGGAGGGGGCGGCUCAAGUUCGCCCGGAAGCCCUUCUGCGUGAUCGACAUCAUGGUGCUCAUCGCCUCCAUCGCCGUGCUGGCCGCCGGCUCCCAGGGCAACGUGUUCGCCACGUCGGCGCUGCGCAGCCUGCGCUUCCUGCAGAUCCUGAGGAUGAUCCGCAUGGACCGGCGGGGCGGCACGUGGAAACUCCUGGGCUCCGUGGUCUACGCCCACAGCAAGGAGCUGGUCACUGCCUGGUACAUUGGCUUCCUGUGCCUCAUCCUGGCCUCAUUUCUGGUGUAUUUGGCGGAGAAGGGCGAGAAUGAUCACUUUGACACCUACGCAGAUGCACUCUGGUGGGGCCUGAUCACCCUGACGACCAUUGGCUACGGGGACAAGUACCCCCAGACCUGGAAUGGGAGGCUCUUGGCGGCAACAUUCACCCUCAUUGGUGUCUCCUUCUUUGCUCUUCCUGCUGGCAUUCUGGGGUCUGGCUUCGCCCUGAAAGUCCAGGAGCAGCAUCGGCAGAAGCACUUCGAGAAGAGGCGGAACCCCGCUGCAGGCCUGAUCCAGUCCGCCUGGAGGUUCUACGCCACCAACCUGUCGCGCACGGACCUGCACUCCACGUGGCAGUACUACGAGCGCACGGUCACCGUGCCCAUGUACAGCUCGCAAGCUCAAACCUACGGGGCCUCCAGACUGAUCCCACCGCUCAACCAGCUGGAGCUGCUUCGGAACCUCAAGAGUAAAUCCGGACUCACCUUCAGGAAGGAGCCACAGCCAGAGCCCUCUCCCAGUAAAGGCAGACCGUGCAGAGAGGGCCUGUGUGGAUGCUGCCCUGGACAUCCUAGUCAGAAGGUCAGUUUGAAAGAUCGUGUCUUCUCCAGCCCCCGAGGUGUGGCUGCCAAGGGGAAGGGCUCCCCACAGGCCCAGCCCAUGCGGCGGUCACCCAGCGCUGACCAGAGCCUGGAGGACAGCCCCAGCAAGGUGCCGAAAAGCUGGAGCUUUGGAGACCGCAGCCGUGCACGGCAGGCCUUCCGGGUCAAGGGCGCCACAUCCCGGCAGAACUCAGAAGAAGCAAGCCUCCCAGGGGAGGACAUCGUGGACGACAACAAGAGUUGUAACUGCGAGUUUGUGACAGAGGACCUGACCCCAGGCCUAAAAGUCAGCAUCCGAGCCGUGUGUGUCAUGAGAUUCCUGGUGUCCAAGCGGAAGUUCAAGGAGAGCCUGCGGCCCUACGAUGUGAUGGAUGUGAUUGAGCAGUACUCGGCUGGCCACCUGGACAUGCUGUCCCGCAUUAAAAACCUGCAGUCAAGGAUAGAUAUGAUUGUGGGCCCCCCACCCCCUUCAACUCCCCGGCACAAGAAGUACCCCACCAAAGGACCCACGGCCCCUCCGAGAGAGUCACCCCAGUACUCACCUAGAGUGGACCAGAUCGUGGGGCGGGGCCCAGCGAUGACAGACAAGGACCGCACCAAGGGCCCAGCAGAGGCGGAGCUGCCCGAGGACCCCAGCAUGAUGGGCCGCCUGGGCAAAGUGGAGAAGCAGGUCCUGUCCAUGGAGAAGAAGCUGGACUUCCUGGUGAGCAUCUACACGCAGCGCAUGGGGAUCCCCUCCUCGGAGACCCAGGCGUACUUCGGGGCCAAGGAGCCGGAGCCGGCGCCCCCGUACCACAGCCCCGAGGACAGCCGUGAGCAGGGCGACCGCAGCGGCUGCAUUGUCAAGCUCAUCCGCUCCACCAGCUCCGUGGGCCACAAGAACUUCUCGGCGCCCCCGACGGCGCUCCCUGCCCAGUGCCCGCCCUCCACCUCAUGGCAGCAGCACGGCCCGCCGCGCCAGGGCACCUCGCCCGUGGGGGACCACGGCCCGCUGGUGCGCAUCCCGCCCCCGCCCGCCCACGAGCGCUCGCUGUCCGCCUAUGGUGGGGGCAACCGGGCGAGUGCGGAGUUCCUGAGGCACGAGGACGCGCCGGCCUGCCGGCCCCACGAGGGCGCGCUGCGGGACAGCGACACGUCCAUCUCCAUCCCGUCCGUGGACCAUGAGGAGCUGGAGCGGUCCUUCAGUGGCUUCAGCAUCUCCCAGUCCAAGGAGAACCUGGACGCCCUCAACAGCUGCUAUGCGGCCGCUGCGCCCUGUGCCAAAGUCAGACCCUACAUCGCUGAGGGGGAGUCGGACACGGACUCGGACCUCUGCACCCCGUGCGGGCCACCGCCACGCUCGGCUACGGGCGAGGGCCCCUUCGGUGACGUGGGCUGGGCCGGGCCGCGGAAAUGAGGCCCCCCUCGGCCUCUCCCUGACUUUGGCCUUGAGGUUUCGAGGUGGGACCCUGGGGACCUUUUCUUAGAGUCACAUGGCAGGUGCCACGUGGGAUGUGGGCAGGCGGGGGCUCCCUGGUCUCCAUAAUGAAGGGUGAUAAAAGUUCUUUUCCAACUAGGGGCAGCCAGGCCGGCUGUGCCCACUUUGCAGGCUGUCAGCCCGUGUGUGAGCAGGCCCGUGGUGGCGGGGCAGAGGCAUGGGGUCAGAGCAGGGCCCUGAGAAGGCGCCAGCAAGGGGCAGGCCUGUCCCCGUGAGGCUCUGUCGUGUGCCCGGCUGGGACGAUGCCCUUGGGUGCCCAUCCAGAGAUCUGCCAGUCAGCAGCCAGCGCCAUCGCCUCCUCCCCCUGGGCUCCGAGUCCCUGUGAUGGGAGGCAGCUCUAAGUCCAGGGGCCCGGCCUGGAGGGGAGGGGGCGAGGCUUCGGAACCACAAGGGAGCACGGUGACCCUCCGACCUCGUGGGAAGGGCCUCCUCCUCAGCCUCCUGGAAGAGGGUCCUUGGGGGCCGUCCCAGCUACAGGAGACCUGGGUGUGGACGCUCUGCCCUGGCUGAGCGCUGGUCACUGGGCCGUGGUCAGCUGCCUGUCUAGAGACUCAGCAUGGGAGCGGUGCUGCGUGGCCGGGGGCCCCGCUCUGGGCUGGGCUUGUGCUGCAGGUUCCGGGACUGGGUGGGUUGUGGUGACAGACUCGACCCCACCUUUCACCUGUCCCCCACUGGUGCCCGUACAGAACCCAGGCCUGGGUGAUGCAUAACAACUGGGAAAAGCCUUCAACACCCCCAAGCAUCAUGAGAGCCCCCUCCCCACCCAGAGACAAAGGCAGCUUUGUCCUGUAGGAGGUCCUGUCCCCAAGGGAGCUGACCGUCUCCCACCUGCUCUCCUCCACUGACUAGUCCCUUAGCUGUGGUCUCUUGGUGUCUUGUGAGUCAGAGACACCCAUCCCUACCCUGGUCCCCGGGGAGCGGAGAACCCCACCUUCCUGUCAUUGGCACCUGGGCCCCAGGGGCAGCAGCUUUGACCGGGAGCCCAAACGCAGGGGUGGGCCCUCGGCAGGCAGUGUGGGGAGCCUGGCCUUUGAGCUAACGGAGCGGCAAGCCUGGGCACCUGGCACUCUCUGAGGCAGGGACCCCGUGUGCGCCAGGCCUGGGCCCAGCUAAGCCACCUCUGCAGUGAUUUGAAAAGCCUCUUACAGUGUAGACAGCUCUGGCACUUGGGGUGGCUGGUGUGAAGUGACCCAGGCAGUGGCCACCCUGCCCGCUGCCGCCCUUUGGGUGGGGUCGGGGCUGGGGUCUGCACCUCCUUCUGUGUCCCCUCGUGGGAGGGACUCCAGCCGCAGGCCCCCGACAGGCAGAGCACCUGUGCACCCACACCCGACACCAGCCCCCGGGCUGCCCCCACACCCAUUGCCAGCAACAGGAACCGUGUCCCCUGUGGGAUCUUGUGCUGGGAGGGGGGCCCUUUCCCCCAAGAGAGGUUUGCCUUCUGUUCCACCUGCUCCCUGUGCUGUGUGCCUCUGGCGGCAGGGGGGAGCUGGACUUGGACGUGCUCCUGCCCCCAGAGCAGCUCAGCCAGACGCAGGUGUUUCUGAGGUGGUGACAGGAGGAAUUGGGGAUAGUCGAGGUGCCCCACUCAGCACGGAGGGCGUGAAGUCUCCUGAAGGACAUCUCUGCCCCUUGGGGAGAGGAGACCACAGCUGUGUGGGGGAUGGUUUGGGGGGGACGGUGGGAAGAGGCUCCUUCUCUGGGGCCCCCAGACCCAGACCUGAGCAGCGAUUGUCCCCAAAGUGCUCGUCCACUGCCCGCCCCGCCUUCAGGGACGUGUGACAGGACACAGGCUGGGUGUCCCUCAGGAAGCUUGUGCACUGUCUCAGUGUGUGUGUGUGACACGAGUGUGGCUGAGGGCCAACAUUCCCGAGACAAGCGUGUGUGUCAGCUGGAGCACACACCCCAUGCCCACACAUACCCGCGUGCUCACACACACACACACACACACACACACAGGGGAUGUGCAUGCCCAGAGGACACAUACCACACACAUGCUCACAGUCUGUGCGAGCACGCACACGCACGCACACACACCAUGUUUCUGACCUAGGCGGCCCUGUGUUUGACCCCUCACUCUGCUCUUCCUGCUUUAAGUCACUAGGAACUAAGGACUUCAGGAGCCACAGCCGGUCCUGGGACCUUGAAGCCUGGGGCUCCGGCCGUCCUAGGCUCCCGGGUCCCGUGUGCUCCCCCCGGCAGCUGGCCGGGCAGCCGUCGAGAGCACCUGGGUGGCUGAUGCCCAGAAACAGCUUGGGCUGGGCCAGGGAGGUCCCGGCGUCUGCAGGGGUGUCCAGAUGUGAUGCUGGGGUGCUGGCCGGCUCCCUGUGUCCCCCUGGCCUGGGGCUCAGCUUUGUCACUGCCAGGUGGGGUGCUGCCGCGUCGCCGUUGGUGUGCUCUGGCAGCACCCUCUUCUGUCCACGUAAAACCAUGAGCCACAACCUCAAAGUGGGCCGCCUGGAAAACGGAGGGACCCGAGCCAGGGAGCAGAGGGCUCCCUCCUGAGCCUGCCUCCCCCCGCCCCCCAGCCACAACCCCUCCCUAUGGGAAGCCACAGCUGUCCUCUCAGCAACAUUGCCCAACUUUGGGGGCUUGAAAGCCGCCCCAGGCUCCGGGACCCCAUGCUGAGAGGGCUACUUCGUAGGGGCCAGAUGUCCAGGAUAGGAAGAACCUAGACCUGCCCCUAAUCACCACGCGUCUGAGCCCAGAGCAGUCGGCAGCCAGGCAGCCUCAUGCGUUUUCUGUGUUAUUUUAACCUCCCGUCUCCCUCACUAGGCUGGAGCCCGCCAUCCCCACCCUGUGGUCGUGGAUUUGACAUGUUAAUACAGGACAGGAAGGGGGCCCGUCCGCGCUCUGGGGACGCCCGUGCAUCGGAUGCCCCCACCUCCACUGCUUGCAGACAGAACCUGGCUCUGAGACAUUUCUAGGCGCUUCCAGAAGCCCAGAGGGGUGGUGGGAGCUGGGAGGCCUUUGUAGAAAUGCUGGCAUUUGUAUCUAUCUCAUAGUCACCCCAAAUUGUAAAUAAUGUACAGAUUGGUGGGCACAGCCACCUGCCCCUGGGUCUCAGGCUGCAGGAGCAAACAAAAGAGCAGUUUCCACGUCCCCCGGCGUCGCAAGCCCUUGAAACGAACGUGGUGUGAAGAGGGACGGUUUGACAGUGAGGACCCGCCGUGGAGGGCUUGGAGACGCCUUGCGCCCCUGUGGGGUGGCUGAGCUCUGAGCCGCCGGGGGCGCCAUGCCCUCGGCACCGCCAGUGCACACAGGCCCAGAAUCAGACACUCCCUUCCCUGACCUAAGCUGUCCCAGGCUGGCUUUCCUCCUGCGUCCCUGUCCCCAGGGGUAGGCUUCACUUGGGUUCCCGCCAAGCACUAAGUGGAGACAGCUGAGGAGGGCUUCCUGAAGGAGGUGGUGUGAUGGGAUCGGGGGUCCACACCUCUCCAAGGGACCUGGGGGAGCUGGCUGCCCCGGCCAGGACUGCAGCCUCUGGAGCAGGCAGGACUUGGGGGCCCGGUCUCUGGAGUCUGCCGUCUUGUGAGGGGUGGGACUGACAGCAGACCCCAGGAGGAGGUGAUGAUGGAAACAGGGUAGAGAGUGAGAGAGGCUUCUGGGGAGGUGAGAGUCCGCUUUACAACCGUAUAAGGUCAUUUGUGGCAUUGGGGAGGAGUUGGGUGGUCUUUGUCUUGGGCAUUUGUGUGGGUGCCCCUGGCUGAUGGAGGACAUUAGGACAGGCAGAUCAGGUGCCCGGACAGGAGGGGACCCUCCCGGGGGAGGCCCUCAGUCCUGGGACUUCCAGGCAGGGAUGCAUAUGUUGCCAUGUGCCCCACAUCCAGCUCUGACCGUGUUUCAUAAAGUUGCCUUAAUGCAUGUUGACAGGAAUUCACUGAGGUCACCCCAUACCCCCUGGGUGACCGCCAGGCACCGACACCAGACCCCGCCACCUCGUCCAUCCACGGCCCGCAGGAGCAGCGCCACAGAAGGCUGAGUGGGCGGCGGGCCUCAUGCCGUCUUCGCACCUGCCACGUCCGCCUGAGACCCGCUCGCGUCCCCACCCUGUGCCGUCAGACGGUUUGUUGCCACCGGCCGGAAGGUGGCUGCAACUCUCCAUCCGUGUGUGCCGUUGGCUGUCUUUGCACUUUCGUUCACGCUCCAAAGAAUAUUUCAUAAUGCCUUGUGUGUGCCGCACACUGGAGCACGGUGUGCCCUGUACCAUAGCAAGCAGGCCUUCUCUCCGUGACCGUGUCACCGCUGCACACUGUCGCUUUCUAAGGACAGAUGCCCAGGAAUGAAUCUAGUUUUCUACAGACCAGCGACAUGUUGACUCACUCAGCUCACUGUCAGGUUGAUGCUUGUGCCAUGACAACGGGCCCAGCACGGGUUCCCCGGGGACCUCAGGUGUGGCAUCUGGUGGCAGGGACGCACAUGGAAAGUUCUGGAGAGUUCUACUGCCACGGGGACGAGUUCGGGUGCCCGGCGCACUUAGUAAAAUGCAGUGAUUCAACCUGGA